AUGGCCUGGACUUGGCUGCUGCUUCUCCUGGCCCUCGAGUGUCCAGCGCUGCCCACAGAGGUAACCACUCAUCUGAGGCUGGCACAACAAGGUGUGGGUGGCACACCCUUCCCCUCCCUGGCCCCGCCAAUCACACUGCUGGUAGAUGGGAAGCAGCAGACACUGGUGGUCUGCCUGGUCCUUGAUGCUGCGCCCCCUGGCCUUGAAAGCCCCAUCUGGUUCUCAGCUGGCAAUGGCAGCACACUGGACGCCUUCACCUAUGGCCCUUCCCCAGCCGAAGAUGGCACCUGGACCAGCUUGGCCCAGCUCUCCCUGCCCUCUGAGGAGCUGGCAGCCUGGGAGACCUUGGUCUGCCACACCGGGCCUGGGGCUGGGGACCACAGCCGGAGCACACAGCCCCUACAGCUGUCAGGAGAGGCUUCUUCAGCCAGGAUCUGCCUCCAGGAGCCUCUUAGGGGGACGGCGGGCCAGGCGCUGAGGCUGGUGGCGCUGCGGCUGCUGCUCUUCAAGCUGCUGCUCUUUGACGUGCUCCUGACCUGCAGCCGCCUCCGCGCCCUGCCCGCCAAGCGGGGGGACCCGGCCCGGGUGCCUGGCUCGCGGGACCCCGGGCUCCCCGCGCCCCCCACGGCCACGCGGGCGGAGCAUCUUCUCCUCCCGCAGCCUCCGCCCGCAGGAGAGCCCUCAGGCCCCACCGACUGGCUUCGCCGCAAUGAUGGAGGGACCAUAGGCCGAGGGCUCAGCCCGUCCCCCGCGCCGGCGCUGCAGCCCCGGGACGGCCGCGGGGCUCACACCCGCCGUCCGGGUCCGGAUCCCAGAAGCCCAGUCUGGGAGGAGGGGAUGCUCUCUACAGACCGAGCGUGGGCCUGA